AUGAAAUUAUUUAAUAAAAUAUUAAUAAUAACAUGUCUAAUGUUAGGUGUCUGUUUGGCAGAUGAUUUCAAUGUGACAUUGACCAAUUUCAGAAGUGUCCAGAAUGACUUGGUAGAUUUGGAGGUUGUCCAGACAAGAGUUGAUCAAUUACUCGGUACAAUCACUGUUAAUGGCAGUUGGCCAGACAUUUCCUAUGAAUCUUCCAACGGAUCAUCCAAUGUUGAUUCUAGUCGUAGAGGUGAAUGGCAACCACUUAGACAUGCAGAGAAUUUCCUAAUGAUGUCCAUCACCUUUGUAAACAGCAACUCCUCGGCACCUGGAAAUUCAUCCGACGAUCUACUUGCCAAGACAUUGCUUGCUUUCGAUUUUUGGAUGUCUUCCAAUUUGACUGCGCCAGACAAUUACACUGAGUACAGAGCUCUCUCCAGCCUUGUUGCCGGUGCACUUUUACUCCAAGAGAAUUUAAAUCAAAGUAGAAUCGACCUUCUCAACUCCACACUUUCAGAGAUGAAUGUUUCGGACGAUGCCAACCGAACUCUUUCCAACCAAAUGUUUGUCAACGAAUUCAUUUUGGUUAAAAGUCUAUUCCUCUCUGACAAUGCCUCACUCUCCACCUAUUUCAACCAAACAUGGCAAUUAGUUCAUAUCUCCAAUUCAACUCUUGAUGGAAUCAAAGUUGAUGGUACUUUUUAUUUUAAUGGACAAUUAAUACAUAAUGGUAAUGUUGGUGCUAGAUUCGCUACGGAUGUAUUAAAGGCAAUGGUUAUUGCAAAUGGUACAUCGUUUGUCGCUACCAAUGAAACUAUGGAUGUUUGGUCAAACUUUAUGUUGAAUGGAUCGCAAUGGAUGGCCUUCUACAAUGGAAAUAACUCGUAUUGGAAUCCACAAGUAGUUCAAUACCUUAUUACUAGAAAAGAUGGUACCAAGUUUAGUAUUCCAACCGACUUACUCUUAAAGUCACCUGUUCAUUCCUCAGAGUUUAAGGAUUGGGUUGAUUAUCUUACUGGUGACUCCAAUUCAACUGAUUCAUCUGAAUCCGAUGAUGAUGAUGAUAGCCAAGAAGAUCAAGAUAAGAGAAGAAUGAAUAGACAAUAUUGGUUCGGGGAUUACAUGGUCCAUUCUCGUGGAAACUAUUCGGUUUCUCUUAAAUUCCAUUCGUCUCGUACAUUUAAUACUGAAUGUUACCUUGGCGAUGGACUUCCAACUACAAAGAUGAGCGACGGUUCUUUCUUCCUACAAAACAUUGGUUCGACAUACUCUGACAGUGUCUAUCCUCUUUUCAAUUGGGAUUUGAUACCUGGUGUCACAACCGAUAUGGCAUUGAACAAGACCUCUGUUGCCAAUAUGACAUGUGAUGAGAGUGUCAGACACAAAGGAUUGAGUGAUUUCGCCGGUUCUGUAUCCGAUGGUGAAUAUGGUGCUGCCGCUUUCAAUCUAAUGACCAAUCAUUCAGCUGUAACCGGAAAGAAAUCAUGGUUCUUCUUUGAGGAGCACAUUGUAUUGCUUGGAUUCAAUAUCUCUAGAUCCGGAAAUAACAACAACAAUUCAACGGUUGUUACCGCCAUCGAUCAAAGAAUGGCAGAUGGUGAUAUCUUUACAAGUGGAUCCGAUAGUCGUCUUGAUGGAAAUCAAACUGAAUUCUCAAACAUCACUUGGUUCCAUCAUGAUAGAGUCGGUGUCUACUUCCCCAAGUCACCAGCUUCCAACUCACUAAACAUUCAUAUCGGUGUUGAAAACAAGACUGGACGAUGGGAAGACAUCGGUUCAUCCAGUGGCAAUGUAACUGGUCAACUAUUCACUGCCUAUCAAACUCACCCGAACCAGUCAUCUGAAUAUCAAAUGAUUGUCAUUCCAGAUGUAGAUGUCCAAGAAUUCAAUUCCACCGUCGACGGUCUCUCAGAGUCAAUCAUUAUCCUCAACACCGAUGACAUUCAAGCGGUUGCUCAUUUCCAAUUGAAUUUGGUGCAGGCUGUAUUCUGGCGUGCCAAUGCCAGCCUCAACAUCACCAUGGUUAACCACAACUUCAAAUUGUCUCCCAGCUCACCAUGUAUCGUGCAAGUCAAAUUCCUCAAAGUUGAAAACGACCGAUCCAAUUCCAUCGCCAUCAGUAUCAGUGAUCCAACUCAGAAGCUGAGCAACAUAACAAUGGCAAGCUGUGUACAAUUGACCGGUCCAAAUGCAACCUACGAUCCAAACACCAAAGGUUCGACCAUCGUCUUUACUUUGCCAAGUGGUGAUUUCUCUGGUUCAACAUUGACUCAAAUCUAUACUAUUGGAGGUGAUGGUGGUAGUACAACUGGAAAUCCAACUACUGGCAAUCCAACAACAACUUCAUCAACAACCAAUUCUCCAUUCACAACUGGAUCACAAACAACUAGCAGCAAUCCAACAACUGGAAAUCCAACUACUGGCAAUCCAACAACCAACUCUCCAUUCACAACUGGAUCACAAACAACUAGCAGUAAUCCAACCACUGGUACUCCUACCACUACUGAAGGUUCAACAACAUGUCCCGAUGGAGCAUAUACUGAUAACAAUGGUGCCAAAGUUACUACAACAGUUGACGUGACAACAACUUCAUCGUCCAUCAUUGUCACACCAUCACUCACCAUAAUCUUUUUGGUUAUAAUGAGUGGUUAUAUACUUUAA